AUGAUCAACGACAUAUUCUUACCGGAGUUUCGUCAGUCGUUCGAUCUGAUCAUAUCAUUGCUUGGGAAAAAGAUUGCUGCUAGUGAUGAUGAAUGGGAGCAACUAGCCUUCACAAGACUGUCUCUGGCAGAGAUAAAAACGUGGAGCAAUAACGUGGUCUGGCAAAAAAUGUAUAUGUUGUCGGUGCCUGAGGAGAUGGAUCAAGUUGCCGCACAUGUCCUGUGUGGAGUAAAUGCUGGAUGCAAGCCUUUGCCGACGAGACCGCCGAGAAUGGCAUAUGAUGUCCGUGAGUACGUCGUAAGAGGUUUCUUCUACCAAGCAGUGAACCUUCCCAUAUCGGACCCUGGAGGUCUCUCGGAUCCAUUCGUCAAGAUGAGUAUUGGAGGAAUCAGCGGAAGUGAGUUUGUUGAUUUCAAUUUGAAAUUGCAAUCCGGAGAGUCUCCUGAUGAAUUUGCUCCUAAUCUUUUCGGCUCAUUGUGGUGGCAUCGUGAUGAGGAAGACCCUGAGCUCCCCUGGGUUGAAAUGAUAUCUGAGGAGGCGGAAAGUGGCAGUGGAGGACAAUACAACAUGCUAGAAGUCCAAUCGUUGACUCUAGACCUGCCCCAGUCAGCACUGUAUCAAGAGUUCCUCGAGGUGCGGUUGGUGAAGAGGGUAGACAGGGGUUGGCUUAAAACGGAGGAGGAAGAUGAGAUCUUGGGGUUUGG